GUUGGGGACUAAAGGAUCAGAAGCCCCACGGUGCCCUGCAUCUGAAGGAAGCUCUGGCCAGGGGCAGCUGUGUUGGUUCAUGCUCCCCCCCUCCCACUGCAUGAUGCUGGGGAUUCUGGGGCUUUGGGCACUGCUUCCCACAGCUGUGCGAGGUAAGUGUCUACAGGGAGGAGCAGGGUCCUUCCACCUACCCAUUAAGGGAGGGGGCACUUGAAGCAGCAGCCACCCCUUUGGAGGAGUGGUGAUGGGGUGGGCAAGGUGAUGGGUACAGCUAUGGGUCCCCUUGGUGGGGGUCAGGUUCCAGGCCUCUGCUGACCCUGUUUCCUCCUGUGGCUUUACCAGGCUGGCCCUGGGAUAUAAAGCAUGUUUUGUCUCUCUUUGGCUGCUGUUUUUGCCCCUGCAUUCACUCUCAUCUUGAACCCUCCCCUCUCCUUACUCUGGGCUGCAGCACCCCCAGGCAGGCGGACCUGUGUGUUCUUUGAGGCCCCUGGAGUGCGGGGAAGCACCAAGAAUCUGGGGAAGCUGCUAGAUGCAGGACCAGGGCCCCCCAGGGUUAUCAGCUGCCUCUACAGCCGCUGCUGCUUUGGGAUCUGGAACCUGACCCAAGACCAGGCACAGGUGGAGAUGCAAGGAUGCCGAGACAGUGAUGAGCCAGGCUGUGAGUCCCCCCACUGUGACCCGAGCCCCCGAGCCCAUCCUAGUCCCAGCUUUACUCUCUUCACCUGCUCCUGUGGCACUGACUUCUGCAAUGCCAAUUACAGCCAUCUGCCUCAUCUGGGGAGCCCUGGGACACCUGGUUCCCAGGGUCCCAAGGCCAUCCCAGGCGAGUCCAUCUGGAUGGCACUGGUGCUGCUGGGGCUGCUCCUCCUCCUGCUGCUGCUGAGCAACAUCAUCUUGGCCCUGCUACAACGGAAGGCCUGCCCAGUGCACGGUGGGCCAGAGCCAGGGCCAGAGCCCGAGCCGGAGCCACACUCAGGCAGGGACUGGAGUGCGGAGCUGCCCGAGCUGCCCGAGCUGUGCUUCUCCCAGGUAAUCCGGGAAGGAGGUCAUGCAGUGGUGUGGGCCGGGCGGCUGCAAGGCAAGCUGGUAGCCAUCAAGGCCUUCCCCCUGAGGGCUGUGGCCCAGUUCCAAGCUGAGAGAGCAUUGUACGGGCUGCCGGGCCUACGGCAUGACCACAUUGUCCGCUUGAUCACCGCCAGCAGGGGCAGCCCUGGUCCCCUGCCCUGUGGGCCCCUGCUGGUACUGGAACUACACCCCAGGGGCUCCCUGUGCCAUUACUUGGCCCAGCACACCAGUGACUGGGGAAGUUCCCUGCGGAUGGCACUGUCCCUGGCGCAGGGCCUGGCGUUUCUCCAUGAGGAACGCUGGCAGGAUGGCCAAUAUAAACCAGGUAUCGCCCACCGGGAUCUGAGCAGCCAGAAUGUGCUCAUUCGGGACGAUGGGUCAUGCGCCAUUGGAGACCUGGGCCUCGCCUUGGUGCUCCCUGGCCUCGCCCAGCCCCCAACCUGGGCUCCUACUCAACCCCGAGGCCCAGCUGCCAUCAUGGAGGCUGGCACCCAGAGGUACAUGGCACCGGAGCUCUUGGACAAGACUCUGGACCUACAGGACUGGGGCACGGCCCUCCGGCGAGCUGAUGUUUACUCUCUGGCUCUGCUCCUGUGGGAGAUCAUGAGCCGCUGCCCAGAUUUGCGACCCGACAGCAGACCACCACCCUUCCAACUGGCCUAUGAGGCAGAACUGGGUAGCACCCCUACCACCUGUGAGCUGUGGACCUUGGCAGUGGAGGAGAGAAGGCGCCCUCACAUCCCAUCCACCUGGUGCUGCUUUGCCACAGUAAGAGGCCACAGGCUGGUGGGCUGGGGACCUGGAGAGUCCUGGCAUGGGCUUCAAGGACUUGUCCACCAGGACCAGCCCACCUACUCCUACCCCCUCUCAUCUCCCACCCUCCUGGCUCAUGUUCAGCUGGAGCUGGGCAAACUUGCUCUGAACCUCAGUUCAUCCCCUUCCACCGUAAGUCUCACACAGCCCAUUCCUGAGACACACACCUUCCUCUUGCUCAGUCUUGCCUUGUCUGUCCCUCUUCUCUCCAUCAUCAGUUUGCCCUGUUCCUCAGUUCCUUCCUCCAGGAAGCCCUCCUUGGCUUUGCUUCUGCCCUGAGCUCUGCCCCCAAGAUGGCUCCUCUCCUAGUACACUGGAGCCCAACAUUUAAUCCAAUAAUUCCUCAUUCUGUCCUACACACUCUGUGUUUCUGCCAUGACCCAAUAACAGCCAGAACUAAGUAUGAAGGGUUAAAACAGUGGCCUAAUAGUGAAAUUUCAGGGUUUCUGAGGAAAAUAGUUUCCUGACAGGAAGCCCAUUCCUCUGCUACCUGAUCUGAAGUUUCCACUGCACAAGUGUCUGUUGGGUUAGAUAACAAAGGCCCAGGCAUUGUUUGCAGAAGACCCUGAUUGCCUGAGAGGAAGGAGAGUAAUUUCCCAUCAGCAUGGUAAGCCAUUAAUUAACCUGAAUUAGCUCCUCAGAGGAAAAGGUGGACUCUUUGGAGAGAACCUGUCUCAUAGGGAACAAGAUGCAAAGGGCUGGAUUUCAGUGAAGGGGAGGAAGAAGGUUCCAGGAAGGAUCAGAAGAAGAGUGUUGAGAACAGGGCCAUGAUAGAUACCUUUUAACCCUGGGGCCACUCAUGGGGCCACUCAGGAUCCUGGGGUAAAGCCUGCCUCCUGG